UUCUGUCCUGGGGUCUCUCUCUGCUGCUUUGUCUGAAUCAUCUUUUUCCCCUUUUCUGCCGUGGGGGAUCGGUGAGGAACCCGCAGAGCUUAAUGUCGCCUCUGGGCGCACUGCUCAAUAGCUCAGGGGUGGGUUGUCUGUGUGAUCUGGACUCUCUCUUUUGAUCUGCCCGAUCUCAUCCGCGAUUUGUCGGUUGUGCCCCGAGGAACGACGCUAUGUUGUCAGUACUGCUGUCUGUCUGUCUUACUCCAGGUGCGAUUUUUACUGAGCUGGGGUGGUGGGGUGGACACGGGUGGAGCGGGGCAAAUGUGUUGUGGGUUCCAAAGCUGAAACAACCCUUUCAUCUCGGUCUGUUGACAGCUUCAUUUAUUUUGUCUGCCAGAUUUGAGCACUUUCCUGUGGUAAUGGUGUAUGUUCAUUCCUCCAGUGAGGGCAGCAGCUCUGUAGUUCUGUUUUCCCUCCUAGCUCGGUUCUUUUCAUACUCUGAAACCCUCAAAAGGAAGAUGUUGUGUACACCCGUGACUUAACAUUUCCCCUCCAUCUGGGGAGCCAGGGCUGGUGCCUCACUGUAUCUCUGAAACCAGAACCAAGCAGAAAAUUCUUUGGGUCCUCUGCUGCCACCGGCUCCUCUGGGAGGCUCUGGCUGGGAUUUGGAUUGAACCUGUUCCUGAAGGAAUUCCUGGGACAGUGGAAAGGCAUCCUUUCCCUUACCUGUCACACAUUUCCACUCCUCGCCAUCCAAAUUGUGCUUUCAGGUGCUCCAAGGUGUCACUUUCAAUAUUCGGGCUUCCUGACAAAGUGAGGGAGAUGUAAUGUCAAUCGAAAUAUGGGAAAUGGAAAUGUUCAGUCUUCCAUGCCUUUCCUGAGUCUCUUUACUGUACUUGGCUCUCUGCUUCUUCACCAUCCUACUAGUGCUGAGAUUAAGCAGACAAGGUACUCUGAAUACAGGUGACGUGUACACUCAUAUGAAGAGAAACCUCUUCAGAAUUGCGUUAUGCAUGUUAGAGAAAUUGCUCCGUCAAUAGAGUUUAGGAAAAACACAAAAUACGCAGUGUUUGGGGAAAAGAUUCAGAGUUUAUUUUAGAGAAAAGUGGCUGAAGACUGUUUCAAGAUUUAUCUUAAGAGCUGUGGAUUUUCUUCUUUUUAGGUUAUAUAUAAUAAAGAAAGGUGGUUGAGAUUUGGUUGUGUAAGGGCCUAUGAGAAAAGAAAUCUGCUCUCAGCUCUGUCAGCCUGCAGACAUGGCUUGUUACAGAAGUGCUCCAAAACGGACAGAGGGACAUAACAUGUACUUACAUGCACAAUGCAGCUGUGGAGGGCAAAGCAUAUCGCUUUCCUUCUCAGUCUUUAAAGUGCUCCAGAAUGAAAUUUUAUUAAAAUACAACGCUAGAUGACUAACUUUGCAUUUUAUCAGUGUGAAGUCUAUAUGUUGAUCACAUUCUAUGGACUGGUGAUAAGAAUGGUAAGUAGCGCUGAUAUGGUUUAUCUUUCGGCAAUGAUUAUUCAGUAGGAAAAGGGAAUAGCUGAGCACAUGGAAAGGAAAGACUGUGCUGACCCAUUUGAUAUUGUUGACUCUUCAUAUAAGCACAGAACUACCGCAUCUCUGGAUGGAUCCCAUGUGAUCAGGGCAUUUAACAGGACCAUGCGGGGUGAGGACACGUAGCAAGGGUUGAGGUCCCUGUCACUCUGGCGAGUGUCGUGUCUCCCAGGUUGGUGCGGGAGAUUUUCAGUCCCGCCACUGUGCAGUCAGCCAUGACAAGCAGCGGGUUACAGAUAACCAGCCACAAUGUUUCUGAGCCAGUUCAGCAGGGCACAGAGAGCCUUGUCAUUUCUCUCCAUGAGCAAAUCAAUGCGAGGGGGCUGAUUUCCAGUCUGGUUUCUUUCCCGGACAUCGCUGUCCCUUCCGUAUCAGUCUCAGCUGUGGGAAGACACCUGGAUGCUGUGUUUCUCAGCCACAGGGCUCCUGGUGCUCCCUUCUCAAGCUUCCUCGGUCCCUUUCCAUUACACCAUGACAGCUGAGCAGUUGCAUGGGUGACAGACAAUGAAGGGCAAAAUUGCGGUAGUUUUAUCCGUAUGAGCGCUCGAAACGUCAGAAAACCUGACAUAUCACGAGUUGUUGACAGCAACAACCCCAAACGCAGGCAGACAGCCCGGGAAUUGCAGUUUCUCGCCCAGGCGCUGCCGCUGCCGUGGUCUACACGGUGCUGUGACCUGCCGGGCUGUUGCUGCACGGGAACAGGAACCGCUUCUGCCCCCGGUGAACCAGCACGUCGCAGAUCGUGAUUCCCUUAGGUGUGGCUGGUGGAAACAGAUACCGGGGAGCAAGAUAGGAGGUGGAGAAGAGGGCGUAAUAAACCGACAUUUCUGCGAUUUGUCGGGGAAGAUACCUGCUGGGACAGUGGUGGCGGUGGGGAGCCGGAGGGACUCCUGCUCAGGAGCUGCCCCGCGGGGUGACUGUGCUGCGGCAGGAGUUGCUGCUCGUAGCUCGGCAGCACAAAAUCCGCGUCGCUCGGCCGGCGCCACUGCUUUGGCGGCGCACUGAAGCGAGACGCCAUGGGAUGUCAGGAAGGGGCUGACCAACCAUUUGGGUGGGAGGGCCGUCCUCCCGAAGGUCCCGAGGGACACUCGGAACUGAUGCGUCGUGCCGGGGGUUGGCUCUCGCCGGAGCCCUGCGUGCCUCGACCGACCCUCCCCACCUCUCAUCCCGCCACCCCACCUCCCCUCUCUGCUCCCGCUGCCUCUUUCCAACGAGUUUUUCCCGUGGGGGGGGUGGGUGGGGGGAGUGGGAGGGAUAUCCCCCUCCCCCGCUCCGUUUCCACAUCGCCCCUUUUGGCGUCAUCCUCUCCGCCAACUCUUACACCUUCUUGCCCGCACACGCGGUCCCCUUGCCCGGUCUGCGCUGCCUUUGCCAGCGCUCUCCUAGCCCCGGCUGUCAUUUUUAGCUGGGUUUCUCGCAAAGGCUGUGGCUCUCCCUUUCAGGGUCGACAGGCUUGAGCCCCGCUGCCUUCGGGCCGGGGCGGCGGGGGCUCCGGCAGCCCUACGCUCCGUGCAGUUAUUGGCCGGGACUCUGUGUGCCGCUGUCGGCCAAUGAUGGAGCGGGGGGGAACUGGCGGCCCGGCCCCGCUCCGAGCCGGGAUGAGGCGCAAACGAUCUCAGAAAGAGCCUGGGAGCGAGUGGCGGCGGAGCCCGCAGAGCGAUGCCCGUCUCCCCGCCGGCCACCGCUUCCCGGGGCGCGCAGGGCAGCGCCAUGACGGGGCGAACCGAGGGGUUCUAGCCGGGGCGGGGGGGCGAAGCGGGGAGCGCGGCCGUCCUGUGCGAUGAACGGCGUUGCUGUAAGGAGCCGCGGGGUGACGACGGGGCAGGUAUUGAGCCUCUUGCUUUUGUUCGGCGUUUCCGACUGGGGUUCCGCCGCCAUUCGCUAUGCGAUUCCCGAGGAGGCGCGGAGAGGCUCCGCGGUGGGGAACGUGGUAGCCGACCUGGCGCUGGACCUCGGGCGGCUGCCGAGUCGCCGGCUGCGGGUGGUGUCCGGCGGCACCAAGAAGUACUUCGGGGUGGAUCUGUCGAGCGGCGAGCUGCUGGUGAGCGAGCGGAUAGACCGGGAGGAGCUCUGCGGCGCGCUCUCCCCCUGCUCCCUCAGCUUUGAGAUCGUGGUGGAAAACCCGCUGGAGCUGUACAGCGGCGCCGUGGAGAUCCAGGACAUCAAUGACAACGACCCGGUUUUUCCCAGCAGCCAGGCGAGGCUGGAAAUCAGCGAGUCGGUGGCGGUCGGAGCGCGCUUCCCGCUAGAGAGCGCGCAAGACCCCGAUGUGGGGAUUAACUCUUUGCAGACCUACCAGCUCAGCGUCAACCCACACUUUGCCCUCGACGUGCAGACGAGGGUGGAUGGCAGCAAGUAUGCGGAGCUGGUGCUAGAGAAGGAGCUGGACAGGGAGGAGCAACGGGAACUCCACUUGGUCUUGACUGCGCUGGAUGGAGGCAGCCCGCCACGGUCGGCCCACGUGCAGAUCCACAUUGACGUCGUGGAUGCCAACGAUAAUGCCCCGGUCUUCAACCAGUCCACCUACAAGGCGAGCGUGAGGGAGAACACGCCCAGCGGUACCCUGGUCGCCAGGAUCAGUGCGUACGAUCUGGACGAUGGGCCCAAUGGAGACAUCGUCUAUUCCUUCAGCAGCCACACGCCUGCCAAAGUACGAGAACUCUUUGCUCUAGACUCAGCCACAGGCGAGUUGAGGGUCAAAGGACAGCUGGACUAUGAGGAAACAAAGCUGUAUGAGAUUUACUUACAAGCUAAAGACAAGGGUGCCGUUCCUGGCGUAGCUCAUUGCAAAGUGCUGGUGGAAGUUGUAGAUGUGAAUGACAAUGCUCCAGAGGUGACAGUGACUUCUGUGUACAGCCCUGUGCCUGAAGAUGCAGCUUCAGGGACAGUCGUAGCUCUGCUGAGUGUAACAGACUUGGACUCCUAUGACAACGGUCUGGUGAACUGCUUCAUUUCCCCUGGGAUCCCGUUCAUGCUCAGCUCCUCCCUCAAAAAUUACUAUACAUUGAAAACAAAAGCAGCUUUGGACCGGGAAAAGGCAUCAGAGUAUAACAUCACCAUCACAGCCAGGGAUGCAGGCUCACCACCCUUGUCUGUGGUAAAACAGAUCCUGGUGCAGGUGUCAGAUGUCAACGACAAUGCGCCCAAGUCUUCCCAGGACUCCUAUGAUGUGUAUGUGCUGGAGAACAACAUGCCUGGCAUCCCCAUCCUUAACGUGAGCGCCGCAGACCCGGACCUUGGGCGCAACGCCCAGCUCUCUUAUACCCUCUUGCAGGGUGACCCCACUGUAGGCCAUCUCUUCUCCAUCAACCGGGAGAAUGGCACGCUCUACCUGCUCACCUCCCUGGACCACGAGGACCAGGUAGAGUUCAACAUGAUGGUGCAGGUCCAGGAUGGCGGCUCUCCGCCUCUGGCCACUAACGUCUCAGUCAGUGUGUUUGUCACUGACCUCAAUGACAAUGCCCCAACUGUGCUGUACCCUCACCCCAACACCACUGCCACCUCUACCGACGUGGUGGCACCAGGUACUCCCGCCGGGCACAUGGUCACCAAGGUGGUGGCAGUGGAUGCGGAUGCAGGGUACAAUGCCUGGAUCUCCUACACCCUGUUGCAGGCCACUGAUCCCAGCCUCUUCUCAGUUGGGCUGCACAGUGGGGAGAUCUUCACGGCCCGCCAGCUCCGGGAGGAUGACACUCCUCAGCACACACUAGUCAUCUUGCUGAAAGACCAUGGGGAGCCUGUGCUGUCCUCCAGUGCCACUGUCUCCAUCUCUGUGGCCGAGAUGAUCAAGGAGGUCCUCACCGACCUCACUGACGUGGCACCUGCCAAUGAUCCCAGGAGGCAUGUGACUUUCUAUCUCAUCUUGGCUGUGAUUUUGGUGUCAGCAGCUUUCUUCAUCACCAUGUUGUCCGUGGGCAUCUUCAAGUGCUACAAGUGGAGGCAGUCAAAGGAGCUGUUCAACAGCUCCAGGAGCACUCUGUACAGGACACCAGGGCCCUUCCACCACAUUGAUGCCGUGCGGGGUGGCUUCACGCCACCCAACUUCUACCACCAGGUCUAUCUCACCACGGACUCUCGCCAGAGUGAUCUCCUGUGUAAAAAGCCCUUCCCUUCCAGCCCCCUGGGGAGCCGACAGAGCACCAUGAGGAACGGUGAGCCAGGGCUGUAUCACCAGAUUGUGGGCACCGCCAGCCGGCUCCCCACACCUGCUGAGUUUUGUGGUGAUGUUCGCUUUGGGGUGUGGGAGGGUGGGAUUGCAGACUACCCCAGUUGCUUGCAGGGUUCCGCUGAGCUGGACUGUGGCUCUGAGCAGGAUGCUCCCCAGCGCCUGCUGCGUCCCGGGCCGGACACGCACACGGACAUGGAGAGCGUCAGCCUCCAGCGACCCUCCUGGAAAUGGCAAGUACUGAGUUUGUUUUUGCUCUGCGGCUGGGGCUGGGUCUCCGGGCAGAUCCACUACUCGGUGGUUGAGGAAUCGGAGGUGGGAACCGUGGUGGGGAACGUGGCCCGGGACCUGGGCUUGAAGGUGGAGGAGCUGCCGGGUCGCAGGCUGCGCCUGGGCUCAGAGGAGAGCCUGCGCCACUUCGCCGUGCGCCUGGACAGUGGUGAGCUGGUGGUGAGCCAGCAGCUGGACCGGGAGCGUCUGUGCGGAGUAGCUGCCAGCUGCGUGCUGUCGGUGCAGGUGGUGACGGAGAACCCCCUGCAGCUCUUCCGCCUGGAAGUGGAGAUCCUGGACCUGAAUGACAACUCCCCGAGCUUCCCCACCACUCACCGCACCCUGCGGGUUGCCGAGUCUGCCACAGUGGCUACGCGCUUCCCCCUGGAGAGCGCGCAGGACCCUGAUGUGGGCACCAAUGCUGUGGGUUCCUACCAGCUGAGCCCCAACUCCCACUUCUCCCUGGACGUCAAGCAGCAGCAGGAUGGCAAACUCUUCCCAGAGCUGGUGCUGGAGCAUGCCCUGGACCGGGAAGAGCAGCCAGAACUGCAGCUGGUCCUGACGGCCAUAGAUGGGGGAAGCCCAGCCCGCUCGGGCACGGCGCAGAUAACAGUGCUGGUUGUGGAUGUCAAUGACAACGCACCCACCUUUGACCGCGCCACGUACAAGGUGCAAGUCCCGGAAAACACACCCGUGGGGGCCCUGCUCCUCCGGCUCAAUGCGUCUGACCCUGAUGAGGGUCCCAAUGGGGAAACGCAGUACUCCUUCGGGGUUCACACCUCGGAGUCAGUCCGGAGGCUUUUCGCCCUGGAUCCCCGCAGCGGUGAGGUCCGGGUGAACGGGGCCCUGGACUUUGAGGAAUCACCUUUCUAUGAGAUCUAUGUGCGAGCCCAUGAUGGAGGGGUCCCGGAGAUGGAGGGCCACUGUGUCCUGCAGGUGGAAGUGGAGGACACCAAUGACAAUCCCCCGGUGGUGCUGCUCACCUCCCUGCUGAACCCGGUGCCAGAAGACACCCCACCAGAGACCGUUGUGGGGCUCUUCAACACACGGGACCGUGACUCGGGGGCCAAUGGGGAUGUGAGCUUGGAGAUCUCCCCCGAUGUGCCUUUUGCCAUCAGGUCCCUUCAGAACCACUUCUCCCUGGUCACACGGGAGAGCCUGGACAGAGAGUCCACCCCACAGUACAUACUGGAGCUGAUUGCCCAGGAUGGUGGAUCUCCUGCCCUCACCACAACGCUCACGCUGCUCCUCAACGUAUCUGAUGUGAAUGACAACCCCCCGCGCUUCUUGCAGCCCUCCUAUGAUGCCUUCCUCCCGGAGAACAACCCUCCUGGCUCUCUGCUAUGCACUGUCUCUGCCUCAGACCCCGACGAUGGGGAUAAUUCUCGGCUUGUUUACUCUAUAGAAAGUGGCCAAGUGCAGGGUGCCCCCACCUCUUCUUUUGUCCACAUCAACCCUGACAAUGGCAACCUCUAUGCUCAGCGCACCUUCGACUUCGAGCUGCUGCAGGUUCUGCCGGUCUCUGUGGCCGUGCGGGACUCAGGGUCACCCCCGCUCCACGCCAAUGUUACCGUCUACAUCUUUGUGUUGGACCAGAAUGACCACCCCCCCACCAUCCUGCACCCUACCAGUGACAGCGACAUCCCGGCACCCCAGAGGGUCCCACUGUCUGCCCCAUCGGGCUACCUGGUCACCAAGGUGACGGCAGUGGAUGCGGAUGCUGGGCACAAUGCCUGGCUCUCGUACCGCCUGCUGCCACAGUCCACUGACCCCUCCUUGUUCCAUGUGUCACUGUACACCGGGGAGGUGCGGACGGCGCGUGUCCUCCGGGACACCGACGUGGCAGCGCAGCAGCUCAUCGUCCAGGUGACGGACAAUGGCGACCCACCGCUCUCCACCACUGUCACCAUCACCGUGACUCUGGAGGAGGCAACGCUGGAGGAGAGCUAUGAGCCUCGGGAUUUCCUGGCCGGUGCCAAGGAGAAGCCAGACCUGACCCUCUACCUGAUCAUUGCGCUGGCAGCCGUCAGCACCGUGGCGCUCGCCACUGUCACCCUCCUGGCUGCCCGGUGCCUCCGUCGCAGAGGCCGUGCCGCCGCCUCACCCUGCUGCUGCUGCUGGCUCAGCGAGUCGCCCUCCCGGGACUUCUUCAAGCACUCCAGCCCCAAGCUCCAGCUCAGCUCCGACGGCACCCUUAAGUACAUGGAGGUCACCCUGCGACCCACCGACUCCCAGUCCCAGUGCUACAGCACCUGCUUCUCCCCCGGCUCCGACCGGAGCGACUUCACUUUCCUGCGGCCUUGCCCUCCCGCCGCGACCCUACCGAGGGAAACCGGGGUUUUCCUCUCCGCUACCGGUACGCUGCGGGACCCCGGCCAGCAAGCUCAGCCUAACACAGACUGGCGCUUCUCUCAGACCCAGAGACCUGGAACGAGUGGCUCCCAGAAUGGAGAGGAAGGUGGAGCCUGGCCAAACAACCAGUUUGACACGGAGAUGCUCCAAGCCAUGAUCCUGGCUUCAGCAAAUGAAGCUGCUGACAACAACUCGACCCUGGGCGGUGGGACGGGCACCAUGGGGCUGAGCGCCCGCUACGGCCCCCAGUUCACCCUGCAGCAUGUCCCCGAUUACCGGCAGAAUGUCUACAUCCCGGGCAGCACCGCCACCCUCACCAAUGCCGCCGGCAAGCGCGACGCCAAGAGUGCCGGCUCCUCGGGAGGCAACAAGAAGAAAUCCGGGAAGAAGGAAAAGAAGUAGAGAAGAAGAAGAAGAAGGAGACCUUAGAGCUACAGGGCAGCCUGCUCCAGCACUCCCCCAAAUCACAGCCCAGGCCGGAGGACGAAUGUGAAUUUUUUGUGAUGCAAAAAGUAGGAAACGCUGCGAAUGUAUCUCGUCAUCAUCAGAGCUAGGAGCAGGGUCUCGCUGCUGUUAGAUCUCAUGAUGAAAACCAAUCCGGAAGCUAAACUGAAUGCAAACAAGUGCCCUGUGAAUACUUGCUAAUGUUUUAUACGAUCCCUCGGGUAUUAGAAUAUGCAAGGGCGAAAGGUCUUCUGCCACGUCUUUGGAUCCGAUUUGCUCCCAGAUAGUCUGAGAAAGGCACAAGGCUUGUGCUCAGCUUUGCCCUGUGUAAAUAAUUUUAACAUGGAUCUUUUAAUUUAUAGACAUUUGAUCACUUUUUGGAAACAAAAAGCAAAUCCCUAGCUUAGAGCCCAGGCUCCAGAUCUUUGCUCUUAAACUUUCCAUUAGUAAAAUUCACCCCCAGAUAAUGAUAGUGAUGGAUUUGUUGCUGAGAAGUUGGUAGGGAGUGCUUCAGUUCCUGCUUACCUGUUACCUGGAAAAAAAUUACCUAAGUGUUUAUAUUGCAUGAGUCAAAGGGAAUAUGGCAAAGUUGCAUCCUAAACAUUUUUUUUUUUUUAAAAAAGUACAACCACUGAUCGUCUGAAAGAUGAGAAUAAAACCAUAACCUCCUGAUGUCUGAGAAAUAGGGAAUUCAAUGAGGAGCAUGCCAAGGUGUGUGGCAGCUGCCCCAGCAGUUCUAGGGGUCUCCAAAAAGCAGACACAUCUCAUUCCUUCUUUGCAGUAAAUAUUUAUAUGUACAGUCAAUGUUCUUCUGGAAUUAAAGCUGAGAGAGUCUUGCUCCCCUGUGGCCAGGCAGCCGUCUGGCUGAGUCCCUGCCAAGGGGACCAGGGGACGAUGCUUCACGUUUCUGCACACCGUGUCUGCAUGCACGUCCUUCACCUCACACCCGCACUAGCGCAGUUAGCUCCACGGACCCUGGGGUCCUCGCAUGCCCACGCAGCGUGGUGGGAACGCGCCGGCAGCUGCCCGAGCCCCCAUGCUUUUUGGGGGGUGGAGGGGAUCGGUCAAGUGGGGUGGAGAAACUUAUCUCUUCUUAUUUGAGGUCUACACCCCAAAUAAUCCAAAGGGAAAUCUGCGGAGCUGCGGGCGCGUGGCUUUGGUGUUGAGUUGGUGACCGAGUAAGUGAUGGUUGGUUUGGUGGUGUUUGGGGACCAGACCUGGAGAGGGGACCUGAGAGCUGGGGAUGGGCAUGGGGUGAGGCUGCAAAACUGGGGAUACAAGGGGGGGGAGUGGGGAAUGAGGGCAGGGGGGGAGGGGGGACACCCAUGGGACCCUGCUGGGCCAGCCUGGAGGAGGUGAUGCUCCCGCUGGCUUUGGGCUUUCCACCCUGUGGAGGGAAUCAAAGGCUGAGGAAUGGAGCUUCUCCACAUGCCCAUCACCCUUGCAUCAGGCCGGCUUCCCCAUAUCAAAGCAGCUCGGAGCCCCCCCCCGGGGAGGCAGAGGGGCGCUUUGUGUAGCCAGAGUGAGGAGAGGUGCUGCAGGGUGGCCAAGAAGGGGCCGUGCAGGGUUUCCCAGGGGAUGUGGGUUGUUUUUUCCCUUAUUACUCACUAACACAUAACUCACCCGAGCAGAUCCAGCCCUCUCUGCCUGGCUUCGGCGUGGCAGCGCUCACCCCACCGCCACCCCCUCCCCAAACCCAGGGCAGCAGGAGCAUCCGCCGUGUUUCAUCCGGAUCCGGCCACCUCCGGUGCUGGCUGCGCCGGGAGCAGUUCCCACCUUGUCCCCUGCAGCUGCCACCUGCCCCCCUCUAGAAAUGCUGUAGCUGAAUCGUAGUCUUUAUAUUUCUUUUUAAUCUGCAAUCUGAGGUAGCGUAGUGAGUGUCGUGUAUUUAGUGGCGUGUUAUUUUUAAUCUCGGUAACUAACUUGUGGACAUCAGUAUUUUCAAUUUUCUCUGUAUCUUAUUUCCAUGUGGUCUGUGCUCCGAGUGUACGUGAAAUGAAACACGUUUGCCCUUUCAAUGUGUCUAAUAUUGAAUUAUACUUAUAUAUUAUAUAUAUGCUUAUAUCCUUCUUAUACCCAUAUAGACCAAUGUCAAUGUGUUACACGCAAGUUUUAUACUCUAAUAUUUAUAUUGCUUUUUUUCUCUGGGAAAAAAAAAAUAAUAAAAUGGUUUCUUCUGAA